AUAGUUUAACCCAGUGGGUUACAUUUGAAAAGGGAGAGCGUUUUGGUUUUUAUUUAUUUAUUUAUUAACUUUUAUUGAGCUUCAGGUGAACGUUUACAAAUCAAGUCAGUCUGUCACAUAUAAGUUUAUAUACAUCUUACUCCGUACUCCCACUUGCUCUCCCCCUAAUGAGUCAGCCCUUCUAGUCUCUUCUUUGGUGACAAUUUAGGGAGAGCGUUUUAACCCUGUCGGUUACAUGAUCUUUUUAAAAAGCUGUCUCUUGGGGCCUACUCUCACAGAUUCUGAUUUAAUUGGUAUGGUGGGAUGCAAGUAUAGUUUUUUUUUUUAAUUGUGCUUUAGGUGAAAGUUUACAGAGCAAAUUAGCUUCUCAUUCGGUAGUUUGUACAUAAAGUAUUUCAUGACCUUGGUUUCAUUCCCCACAAUGUGUCAGCACUCUCCCCAUUUCCGCCCUGGUUUCCUCAUUUUCUUUUGUCCUGAUUUUCUACCACUUCCUGCCUUCUCCUCUUUGCUUUAGGGCAGGUAAUGCCCAUUUGAUCUCUUAAAAGUGAUUGUUCUAAAGAGUACGUUCCUCUCGGGUGUUAUUGUUUAUCUUACGUGCUUGUCUAUGGUUUGGGUGAGAGGUGGUACUGGGAAUGAGGGUCAGCAGAGUGUCUUAGGGCUAUAGUCUUGGUAGUUCCUCCAGUCUCUGUCAGACCAGCAAGCCUGGUCUUUUUUGUGAAUUUGAUUUUUUGUGCUACAAUUUUCUCCCACUCUGUCCAGGACCCUGUCUCAUGAUCCCAGUCAGAGCAGUUGGUUUUGGUAGCAUCCAGGCACCAUCCAGUUCUUCUAGUCUUGGGGUUCUGUAGGCUAUGGUUCAUGUGGCCCAUUAUGCCUUUGGACUGAUUGCUCCCUUGAGUCUUUAGCCUCCUUCACUCUCCCUCAUCCCAGACGGGAGGAGACCAACAGUUAUACCUUAGACAGCCGCUCACAAGCUUUUAAGACCCCAGAUGCUACUUACUGAGGUAGGAUGCAGAACACUGUCUUUAUGUUGUGUCAGUUGACAUAGAUGUCCCCCGAGUCUAUGGUCCUUUGUCUUCUAGCCUAGGAACUUCAUCCUGUGAGGUGUUUGGUUGUGUCUAAGCCAGGCAUCCAAAAACAAAAAGCAAACCCUUUGCCGUCAUAGUAUUUUUAAAAGCUUCUUGGCUAGUAUUUACUGUGUGUUCAGGGUUGAGAACCACAGCCUCUCAGCAUGCCCCCCCCCACCUUUUUUUCUUAUAGCAUUUGCUACCAGUGGCUUAUUUAACAGAUUUGCUUGAUUACUUCUCUUCCCACUGUGCCCCCCAGCCCCCGUAAUCUCCGUGAAAACAUGGGGCCCAGCUUUGGGAGAAGGGCAAGGGAAGGCUUAGGUGAGUCAGCACUUUGGGCACAUGAGGUGGCUAUUCCCGAAGGAGAAAUGGAAUCUGCAGGAAACAGCCCUUCAGGCCAGUGUCCCUGCUUCACCUUUAUCCAAGAGUUGUGUAGUGAGUUUGAGGGAAUUCAGGGCCGAUCAAGGAAAAGCUAUGACCCUGAGAUAGCAGUGAUGCACAACAAGCUAUUUGCUGGGGCCAGUGCAUUGACAGCUGCAUGCAGGGUGUGGUUCUCCACAGCAGGAGGCCUUCCAGAGGCAAGUGGCACAGGGAGCCACCAGAACUGGAAGUGGACAUGAAAAACCUAGAGAAGAGGAGAAGGGAGAGGGGAAGGCUUGCAUGAUGUCAUCCUCCAGCAAACUGGCGAGUCUCUGAGUCAGAGAAUUGCAAAGGCAGCAGCAUCUAGAGCCCUGGUAACUAUAGCCUUUUAUUUUGUUUGUCAAGGGCUACCAGGUGUUGGGGUAGUUUCUGUAGGUUUGUAAAGCAGGCAAGCUGUCAGUGGCUAAAAAUUUGCUUAUUUGGGCUAUUUUUAAAACAGUUGUUUUGUACACAUUUGAGUUUAGUGCCAGUGGGGUUUUUUUUUUUUUUUUUAAACAGGCUUUAGCUUGCCAUUCUGAAGAAGUAAACAGUUUGGGGUCAAUAUACAGAUAAAGAGACAGGUUCCAAAGAUCGCUUUAACCAGAGGUUAUCUUUGACUCAUUUAUAUAACAGGAUGGCCCUAUUUAGUUGACCCACCAUUGGCAUGGGCUUGGAUGGGUCUCUAGUUCUUCUCUCUCUACACCCUCCUCUGUUUAGUUUCAAGGUCUUACUUAGCACCUAUGAAAUAUAGCUGCUCUUGGAAAGUCUGAACGUAAACUAAGUUUGGACACACUCCAUGUAAAUCUACUUUUGUCUUUUACACAAGAAAAACAAAAGCCCCAAAUAACUAGUUGCCACAGAGUCAGUUCCAACUCAUGGUGACCCCAUGUGUUUCAGAGUAAAACUGUGCUCCAUAGGGUUUUUAAAUGGUGUGAUCUUUAGGCCUUUCUUCCGAGGUGCGCCUGGGUGGAUUAGAAUCUCCAACCUUACUGUUAGUGGCCAAGUGCAUAACUGUUUGCACCACCCAAGGCCUUGUGUCUUUUACAUUGUUGUUAAGUACUUUUGAGUUGGUUCAAACUCAUAGCGGCCCUGUGUACAACAGAAUGAAACACUGCCUGGUCUUGUGCCAUCCUCAUGAUUGUUGCUGUUUGAGCCCCUUAUUGCAGCCACUGUAUCAGUCCACCUCAUUGAGGGUCUUCCUCUUUUUCACUUGCCCUCUACUUUACCAAGCAUGAUGUUGUUCUCCAGUGACUGGUCCCUCCUGAUAACAUGUCCAAAGUAUGCGAGAUAAGGUCUUGCCAUCCUCGCAUUCUGGCUGUACUUCCUAAGACAGAUUUGUUCAUUCUUCUGGCAAUCCAUGGUAUAUUCAGUAGUCUUCAUCAACACUAUAAUUCAAUUGCAUCAAUUCUUCUUUGGCCUUCUUUAUUCAUUGUCCAGCUUUCACAUUGCAUAUGAGGUGAUUGAAAACACCAUGGCUUGGGAAGGCGCACCUUAGUCUUCAAGGUGACAUCUUUGCUUUUUAGCACUUUAAAGAGGUGUUUUGCAUUAGAUUUGCUUCUUCAACGGGCGUUGAUUGUGGAUUCAAGUAAGAUGAAAUCCUUGACAACUUAAGGCUUUUUCUGUUUAUCAUGAUGUUGCUUAUUGGUCCAGUCGUGAGGAUUUUUUUUUUUUAACAGACUUUAUUUUUUAGAGAAGUUUUAGGUUUACAGAAAUAUUGCACAGACAGCACAGAGCUCUAAUAUGCUCUCUCCCCUCUUCACAGAUAUUAUUAAUAUCUUGGAUUAGUGUCCUACUCUUGUUAGAAUUGAUGAACCCGUAUCAAUACAUUAUUAUUAACUAAAGUUCAUCGUUCACGCUAGGGUCCACUCUUUGAGUUUGACUUCUGUGGGUUUUGACAAAUGCAUGAUGUCAGGUAUCAUAUCCAUCAUUACAGUUACCACGCAGAACUUGCACUCCUGUGCUGCACUCGCUACAGUUGAUGAACAAAUAUUGAUACAUUAUUAACUAAAGUCCAAGUUUACAUUAGGGUUGACAAUUCUUUGGGUUUUGACACAUGCAUUAUAUCAUGUAUCUACCAUUACAGUUACAGUAUCAUGCAGAAUAUUUUCACUGCCCUAAAAAGGCACUGUGUUUCAUCUGUUUAUCUAUUCAUCUACUUACUUACUGUCAUAGAUUGAACUAUGUCCCCCCAAAAAUGUGUGUAUCAAAUUGACUGGGCCAUGAUUCCUGGUAUUGUAUGAUUUUCCUAUAUGUUGUAAAUCCUGCCUCUACGAUGUUAAUGAGGGAGGAUGGGCGGCAGUUGUGUUAGUGAGGCAGGACUCAACCUACAAGAUGGGAUUGUGUCUUGAGGCAAUCUCUUGAGAUAUUAAAGAGAGGAGGGAGCAGAGAGACGGGAGGACCUCAUACCACUAAGAAAGCAGCACCAGGAGCAGAGCAUGUCCUUUGGACACGGGGUUCCUGCACAAAAAAGCUCCUAGUCCCAGGGAAGAUUGAUGAGAAGGCCAGUGGAGAGAGAAAACCUUCCCCUGGAGCUGACACCCUGAAUUUGGACUUUUAGUCUACUUUACUGUGAGAAAAUAAACUCUUUGUUAAAGCCAUCCACUCAUGGUAUUUCUGUUACAGCAGCACUAGACGACUAAGACACCUACAUAAAAUAAAUUUGUAUAGUUUUUUUUAUUCUGGCAACAACUAAUCUUUUUACUAUAGUAUUAUCUAUGCCACAGUGCCAUAUAGUUGGAAUCAAAUAAACCCAAAACCCAGUGCCGUCGGAAUCAUAUAGUGUAUAGCUAUUUCAGGCUGGCUUCUUUCACUUAGCACUAUGCAUUUAAGAUUCAGCCCUCUCUUUUUGUAGCUUCGUAACUCAUUUAUCUUUACUGCUGAAAAAUACUCCAUUGUAUAGGUGUACCACAGUUCAUCUAGUCACUCAUUGAAGGGCAUCUGGAUUGCUUCCAAGUGUUGGAAAUUAUGAAUAAAGUUGCUAUAAACAUUCUUGUGCAGGUUUUUGUGUAGACAUAAGUUUUCAACUCAUUUGGGUAAAUAUUUAGGUGUAGGAUUGCUGGAUUGUAUGGUAAGCCUGUGUUUAGCUUUGUAAGAAACUGCCAGACUCUUCCAAAGAGGCUGUACCAUUUUACAUUCCCACCAGCAAUGAAUGAGGGUUCCUGUUCUGCAUCUUCACCGGUGUUUGCUGUUGUCAGUGUUUUGGAUUUUAGCCAUUCUAAUAGCUGUGUAGGAAUAUCUCGUUGUUUUAAUUUUCAAUUCCCUAAUAACAUGACGUUGAGCAUUUUUUCUUAUACUUAUUUGCCAUCUGUGUGUCUUCUUUGGUCAGAUGUCCGUUCAGAUCUUUUGCCCAUUUUGUAAUUGGGUUCUUUGUUUUCUUAUUGUGAAGUUUUUAAGAGUUCUUUGUAUAUCUUGGACACAAGUCCUUUCACAGAUACGUGUUUUGCAUAUAUUUUCUCCCAGUCUGUCGUUAGCCUUUUCAUUCUCUUCGUGUAUGUUUUCUAGCUUAUGUUCUGGUAAACUUGGCUGUAACUCCGAGCUCCUUCAGAGAAUACCCAUUGUUCCCCUAUACAAAGGAGGAAUAACUUGCAUCAUAGCUUUAAAGGUAAAGGAGUAGGAGCACUGAAUUUGUAUCUUCUGAUUGCCAAAACAGUGCUCAUAAUAACAGAAAGAAGGAGGCACCUCCUAACCUCCCCUUGACUUUCUACCAACAUCAUUGGAAACAAAAAGAAGAGUUGGGGAGGGCUUCACGAAGAUGCUUCUGUGGUCAUGGUGGUGGUGAUGGGAGGGAGAUGGGUUUCGUCACAGCCUCAGCUGGAAAGAUCUUUCUUCUGCAUGUCUAGUGGACCUCUGUAGUGAAUCAUUUGUUUCAAUUAGUCUACCCUUCAUCUCCAGAAUUUCUACGUGUUUUCUUUCUAUAAUAUCUAUUCCUUAUUGAUGAGCUCAUAAUUUUCAUUCAAUGUAUUUUUGGUUUCCUUUAGUCAUUUAGCCAAGCUUUCCACUCUUUCAAGCUUUUCCGUAUCUCCUUGAGCAUAUUUACAAUAGCUAGUCUCCAGACUUUGUCUGACCAUAUUCCAUAUUCUGACCCCAUUCUGUAUUUGAUAGCUGGCCCCUGCCAGGGUCAGUUUCUGUAGAUGUAUUUUUUUUUUUCUGUGAGUGGGCCGCCCUCUCCUGAGUCUUUGGAUGCCUCGUAACUCUUCCUUGAAAACUAGGGUCCGUUUGUGUAGAUUUCCUUCUUUUCUGUGUAUGGGCCAUUCAUUCCUGAUUCUUUGCAUGCCUGGUAACUCUCCAUUGAAAACGGGGCAUUUUGAAUAGUAUACUGUGGUAACUCUGGAAAUCAGAUUCUCCUCUUUCCCUGGGGUUUGCUUUUGUUGGAUCUUGAUGGGUUAGUUGUUAAUUUAGUGGCAUUUCCAAAGUAUUUUUGCAAAGGCUGUAUUCCUUAGAGUGUGUGGCCAGUAGAGUCCCAUUAUCUCAGUAGCCAGCCAGGCACCUGACAGAGAUUUCCUUUAAUUCAAAAUUCAGGUCCUGUUUUCUUCAUUAAGCAGUCCUCUUGUUCCUGUAAAUUUCAGAUUAGACUCCAGAGUUCUAAAAGAGCUGACUCUGUAGAUCUCUGCCAGUUUAUGGCUGUUUCAGUGGAAAGGCUGAUUCUUCCAGCGCCCUGCUCGCCUGUGAGUCAGAAUCGACUCGAUGGUGACAGGUCAGGAUUUUUUACCCUGCCAUGUUCUGUGAUGUCAGCGUAAUUCAUAUUAAAGGUUAUAGCCUUUGAUCUUCAUCCGUUUCUCGGAUUAUUUGCUCAGCAUACAGAUUGACUAAGUAUGGUGAAAAGAUACAACCCCGAUGCACAACUUUUCUGAUUUUAAAUUACGCAGGAUCCCCUUGUUUUGUUCGAACAACUAACUCUUCAUCUUUGUACAGGUUCCCAUGAGCACAAUGAAGUGUUCUAGAAUUCCUGUUCUUUGCAAUGUUAUCCAUAGUUUGUUAUCCACACAGUCGAAUGUAUUUGCAUAGUCAAUAAAACACAGGUAAACACUUUUAUGGCAUUCUCUGCUUUCAGCCAAGUCCAUCUGACAUCAGCAAUGAUAUCCUUAGUUCCACAUCCUCUUCUGAAUCUGACUUGAAUUUCUGGCACUUUUUAACUUUCUUUUACAUGUUGUUGUUAGGUGCUAUUGAGUCGGUUCCAACUCAAAGUGACCCUACGGUACAACAGAACCGAACAUUGCCUGGUCCUGCCCCAUUCUCACAUGGUUGUUAUGCUUGAGCCCAGUGUUGCAGCCACUGUAUCAGUCUGUCUUGUUGAGGGUCUUCCUCUGUUUUGCUGACUCUCUGCCAAGCAUGAUGUCUUCUCCAGGACUGGUCUCUUCUGAUAACAUGUCCAAAGUAUGUGAGAUGAAGUUUUGCCAUCCUUGCUUCUCAUGAGCAUUCUGGCUGUACUUCCUCCAAGACAGAUUUGUUUGUUGUUCAGGCAGUUGAUGGUAUAUUCAGUAUUUUUCACCAACACUGUAACAAUUCUUCUUUAGUCUUCUUUAUUCACUGUCUCGCUUUCAUGUGCAUAUGAGGCGAUUGAAAACACCAUGGCUUGGGUCAGGACCACCUUAGUCCUUAAAGUGACAUCUUUGCUUUUUAACACUUUAAAGAGGUCUUUUGCAGCAGAUAUGCCCCAUGCAAUACAUUGUUUGAUUUCUUGACUGUUGCUUCCAUGGGUGUUGAUUGUGGAUCCAAGUAUAAUGAAAUCCUUUACAACUUCAGCAUUUUCUCCAUUUGUCAUGAUGUUGUUUAUUGGUCGAGUUGUGAGGAUAUUUGUUUUUUUUAUGUUGAGGUUUUUUUAUGUUAAUUCAUACUAAAGGCUGUGGUCUUUGAUCCUCAUCACUAAGUACUUCAAGUCCUCUUGACUUUCAGCAAAUAAUACUAUGUCACCUGCAUAUGGCAGGUUGUUAAUGAACCUUCCUCCAAUCCUGAUACAUUGUUUUUCUUCAUAUAGUCUUGGUUUAUUUGCUCAACAUACAGACUGAAUAAAUGUGGUGAAAAGAUACAACCCUGACGCACACCUUUCUUGACUUUAAACCAAUCAGUGUUUCCUCGUUCUGUUCGAAUGACUGCCUCUUGGUCUAUGUACAGGUUCCCCAUGAGGACAAUUAAAAGUUCUGGAAUUCCCAUUCUUCACAAUAUUAGCCAUAAUUUGUUAUAAUCCAUGCAGUUGAAUGCCUUUACAUAGCCAAUAAAACACAGGUUAACAUCUUUCUGGUGUUUUCUGUCUUGAGUCUUGAUCCAUCUGAUGUCAGCAAUGACCUCCCUUGUUCCAUGUCCCCUUAUGAAUCCAGCUUGAGUUUCUGGCAGUUCCCUGUUGAUGUACUGCUCUUUUACAUAAAACCCAUUUGUGGUUGAGUUGAUUCUGACUCAUAGCCACCCUCUAGGACAGAGUAGAACUGCCCCAUAGGGUGUCCGAGGAAUGGCUGCUGGAUUCAAACUACCAACCUUUUUGGUUAGCAGCCAAGCUCUUAACCACUGUGCCACCAGGGCGUCACGUUCUUUUACAUAGGGAACCAUAUUUUAUGAAUUAAAAUUCCAGACACUUGCUCUAAUGAGUACAAUUAAGUUUACGUGGAUAACGUUUUCAGUAACGUAAACAGCCACUUAGGAACUCUCUGCGGAUGAGGGCAGGAAGUCAGGUAACUAAUGCCAGCCUGGGUUUGUUAGCCACAGGCCGUGAAGAAGUUACAUCGGCCAGUACAUAUCCCACUACUACUUGGGAGUAGUCUAAUUCAAAAUUUGGCAAAACAGCCCCAACAAACACUUGGUUCCAAAUGCGCGACGGACCAUGCAUUUUAUUUUUUGCAUCUCCUUUGAACAUAAAAAUAAAGCAUGACUUUAUAAAAAAAAAAAAAAAAUUUUUUUUAUAUGGAAAGGAAAGAGACCCUGAAUAGCUACAGCAAUAUUGAAGAAGGACAACAAAGUAGGAGGCCUCACACUCCCUGUCCUAGUUAUCUAGUGCAGCUAUACCAGAAAUACCACAGGUGGAUGGCUUUAACAAAGAGAAAUUUAUUCCCUCACAGUCUAGGAGGCUAGAAGUCUGAAUUCAGGGUGCUGUCUCCAGGGGAGGCCUUUAUCUGUCAGCUCUGGGGGAAGGUCCUUGUCAUCAGUAUUCCCCUGGUCUUGGAACUUCUCAAUGUAGGGACCCUGGGUCCAAAGAACAUGCUCCCCUCCUGGUUCUUCAUUCUUGGUCCCCCUGCCUCUCUUCUCACUUCUUUUAUAUCUCAAAAGAGAUUGAUUCAAGAUACAACCUAAUCUUAUAGAUUGAGUCCUGCCUCAUUAACACGUUGCUGUUGUUAGGUGCUGUCAGUUGGUUCUGACUCAUAGCAACCCUGUGUAUGACAGAAUGAAACAUUGCCCGGUUCUGCGCCAUCCUCACAGUCAUCGUUACGCUUGAGCCCAUUGUUGCAGCCACUGUGUCAGUCCAUCUUGUUGAGGGUCUUCCUCUUUUUUGCUGACCCUCUACUUUACCAAGCAUGAUGUCCUCCAGGGAUUGGUCGCUUGAGAUAACAUGUCCAAAGUCUGUAAGACAAAGUCUUGCCUUCUUUGCUUCUAAGGAGCAUUCUGGCUUAUCAAUGUAACUGCCUCUAAUCUGCCUCAUUAACAUCAUAGAGGUAGGAUUUACAACAGGUAGGAAAAUCACAUCAGAUGACAAUCACACAAUACUGGGAAGGCCUAGCCAAGUUGACACACAUUUUUGGGGGACACAGUUCAAUCCAUAACACCCCUUGAUCUCAAAACAUCCUAUACAGCCACAGUCAUAAAAUCAACUUGGUACUGGUUCAAUGACAGACACACAGACCAGUGGAAUAGAAUUGAGAAUUCAGAAAUAAAUCUAUCCUUCUAUGGGCAGUGGAAAAGAGGAAGACCCUCAACGAGAUGGAUUGACACAAUGACUGCAACAAUGGGCUCAAGCAUAACAACGAUUGUAAGGAAGGCGCAGGACUGGGCAGUGUUUCGUUUUGUGGUACAUAGAGUUGCUAUGAGUCAGAACUGACAACAACCACAUGGGCAGCUGAUUUUCAGCAAGGGGUCAAAGUCCAUUCUAUGGUGAAGAGGCAGUCUCUUUAACAAAUGGCGCUGGCAAAACUGAAUAUUUGAUUGCAGAAAAACGAAACAGGAUCCAUACCUAACACCAUAUGUAAAAACUAAUUCCAAAUGGAUCAAAGACUUAAAGCCAAAACUGUAACACUCCUGGGAAAUAAUAUAGUGACAAAACUAUGAGACCUAAUUUUUUUCAGUAGUAGAUUACCAAACACAACUAUGAAUACAUGAGCAAUAGAAGAUAAGGUAGAUAACAGGGACCACCUAAAAAUUAAAUGCUUAUGCUCAUUAAAAGACCUUACCAAAAGAAUAAAAAGAGAACCUACAGACUGGGAAGAAAGCUUUGCGAAUGAUAUAUCUGAUAAGGGUCUAAUCUCUAAAAUAUAUAGAAAACUUCAACUCAACAGCAGAAAGACAAGCAACUCAAUUAAAAAAUAGGCAAAGGACAUGAACGCACACUUCACCAAAGAGGACAUUCAGUGGCCAAUAAGCACACGAAAAGAUGCUUGUGAUCAUUAGCCAUCAGAGAGAUGCAAAUCAAAACUACAAUGAGAUAGCAUCUCACUCCUACAAAAAUGGCAUUGACCAAAAGACAGAAAACAAUAAAUGCUGACAAAGUUGUGAGGAGAUUGGAGAGCUGCUCCACUCUUGGUGGGAUUGUAAAUUGGUUCAUCCACUAUGGAAAACCAUAUGGCGCUUCCUCAAAAAGCUAGACAUAGAAAUACUCUAUGAUCCAGCAAUCCCACUCCUAGGUAUAUAUCCUAGAGAACUAAAACUGCUGACAUGAACAGAUACAUGCACACCUAUGGUCAUUGCAGCAUUAUUUACAAUAGCAAAAAGAUGGAAACAACCUAACUGCCCAUCAACAGAUGAAUGGAUAAACUAUGGUACAUACACACAGUGAAAUACUAUGCAGCCGUAAUGAAUAAUGAUGAGUUCUCAAAGCAUACUGUAACAUAGAUGAAUCUGGAGGUCAUUAUGCUGAGUAAAAUAAGCCAAUCAUAAGACAAGAAUAGAUGUGCAUACAGAAAGCGACAUUCUUGGGUGGUUACUAGGGAUGGGAGGAAGAGGAAGGGAGAAUCACACUCUAGACAGACACUUGUUAGUUUUGGUGAUGAGUAAGGCAAUACCAUAUAAGGGUGAAGUAAGUAUAACUUGUCCAAGGUAAAAGAUGACGCUAAGAAGUACAUAAGAAUGAGGGACGAUUUUGGUAAAAGCCACGACAUAUAUACUUUUGCAGCAACAGUAAUAACCAAAAAAAUGUGUGUGUGGUUACAUAGGUAGUUAAGUAUGCUUAUAUGUGUAUAUAUACAUGGGUGGUCAUGUAUAGGUUUUCUGUAGGCAAAUGCAUACACAUAUGUGUGUGUGCUGUGUAUAUAAAUAUCCACAUGUAAAAUAGAGUACCUAGGUGAAAGGAGAAAAACAAAAGCUGCCCAGACGUGACCACUAAUAAUGUUUUGGUGUAUGUCUUUUCAAAGAGAGGUCUAUCUGCUGUACCUCAGGCUACAUCUAUUUUUUUUUUUUUUAGUAAUAUUUUAUUGUGUUUUUGGUGAAGGUUUACACAGCAGUUUAGGUUCCCAUUCAACAAUUUCUAUACAAGUUGUUCAGUGACAUUGGUUACAUUCUUCACAAUGCUUAACAUUAUUUCCGUUCUGGUUGUUUCAUUUUCAUAAAUAUAGCUGCCCUGCCCCCUUACAUUCUCAUUUUUGUUUUAAAGUGAUUGUUGCCUGUUUAGUCUCAUACAGGUGAAUUUUCAGAGGAGCACAGCACUUACAGGUGUCAUUCAUUAUUUUUAAGCCAAUUUGUUAUUUAGCUACAGGGUGACCUCAGGGGUUAGUUUUGGUUCAAGGUUUGAAGAGUAUUUCAGGGCGAUAGUCUCGGGGAGUCCUCCAGCCUCAACCAGUCCAGUAGGUCUGUUUUAUUUUAUUUUUUAAAAGAAUUUAAGGUUCUAUUCCACAUUUUCUUCCAUUCUAUCAGGGUCUAUCUAUUGUAGCCCUGAUAAGAAUGGUUAGUAGUGGUAGCCAGGCACCAUCUAGUUCUUUAAGUCUUGGCGUGGAUGAAGCCGUGACUCACGUAGACUGUUUGUCCUGGGGACUAGUUUCUUCUUUGAGUCAUUGGUUUCCUUCUUUCUCUUUUGCUCCAAACAAGUAGAAACUAAUAGUUUUAUCUUAGAUGGUUACUUGCAAGAGUAUGCCUAGGAUGUAGACCUUAACUUUAUGAACUAUAUUAUGCCAAUUGACUGAGAUACUGCAUGAAACUAUGGUCCUAGUUCAGGCUGCAUCUUUUUAAUGUGAAUGAAUGGGUCUCAAAUGUCAGCGCCCUGCUUGCUUGUAGCAGGACAUAAGGUUUUUUCCUGGCAUGACCUUCCAUAAUGAUUUCAGUAGGAGUGCCUGGCCAUGAGUGGCUUCUUAUCUCUUUUCAUUGCUGCUUAUAAGCCCUGUAGUUCCUUUACUUUGGAGUCUGUUGCCCUUGCCAUCUUUUGACACCUUGGCCACUGACUUAUGUGCUGCUACUGACUGCUUCUGAAUCACACUGACAUCCUCCACACUGCCAACGUCUACACAGCUACGUGCUGUGGCUAAAUUCCCGGAGAACAUCAUCUUUUGUCUUCUUCCUCAUUCGCUAUCAGAGAAACCAUGAUUUUUAUGACCAACUCUUUGAGAAGGGUUUUGUCUUAGGCUGGGUUCUCUAGAGAAACAAAACCAGUAAAGUGUGUAAAUACAUAUAGAGAGAGAUUUGUAUCAAGGAAACAGCUUAUGUGAUUGUAGAGGCAGGAAUGUCUCGAGUCCGUGCAUUAGGAUAGAGGCUUCUUCUGAUUCAUGUAGCCACAGGGGCUGGUAAACCCAAGAUUGGCAGGUCGGCGAGUAGGGCUUUUGCUCAAAGGUUGUGAAGAUCUACAAAUCCCAAGGUUGGCGGGCACGAUCCCAAGGCUUCUUCUGAAUCACGUAGCUGCAGGGGAUGGUGAGCCCAAGAUCAGCAGGUUGGAGACCAGGAGUCUUGCUCAUAGGCUGUAAAGAUUGACCAAUCCCAAGAUCGGCUGGUAAGCUGCUAGCUCAAGUCCCAAGAACCGGAGGUUAGAUGAGCAGGAGGCAGCUGCAGGACCCAGAGCAGGCAAAAGCCAGAAUGUCCACUUAUAUUUGGAUGUAGGCUACACGCCCAAAAAAGCUCCCUCUCAACUGAUUGGCUACUCACAACAGAUUCCAUCAUGUAGGUGAUCACAUAUAAAAUCUGAGAAUCAUGGCUCAGCUCAUUUGACACAAUCUUAACCAUCAUAGGUUUCUACAGCAGUGUUGGGGGCCCUGGCGAUAGCUUUUUCCACUGUUUUACAGUCAUUUCUUUCCCAGAAUUUACAGGCAUUUCAGGAUGGCUAGGUGGGUGUUGGGGGUUUUGAGAUAGUGCUGUCUUUUAUAGUGGUGCCUGGCAAACCUGCAGAGGUGACCAGUAGUGGUGGAUUUAUUCCUCUUGAAUUUAAGAAGGAGAUCUACUCCUUGCCUAAUAUGAGUGUAAGCUUUUUAAGGGGAAAUUUCUGGCACUUUGUCCAGUACCCUGUACAGAGUAGCCCUGCAUAAUUACUUGUUUCAUGAACUGUUGAAUCCCUGCAUACCAUGUUGUGUGGUAAGGACCAACAUGAAUCCAGUCCUCAAGAUGUGGAGAUUGAUCUAGUCCUCACUUUCUCACUUCUCCAUUCUCAUCGCCAGCUGUGCCCACGACACUUUCUCUGACCCUAGCCACCUGGAGUUAGGUCAGGGCUCACGAGUUAAAAGGACCCAGUUCUUCAGACUGCUAAAUAGGCAGAUGCCAGCUGCAAAUUUGGCGAGUCCACAUGACAUUCCAACCUUCUGACUGGCUGGCCACAUAUUUGGGACUGGUUUCUCACUACCCCUUUUCAGGAUACCAGCUGCAAGCUUGGGAGUCCACAUGACACCCUCACUUUCUGACCUGCUGGCUCCCACUGCCACUUUGGGUUCAAUAAUUUGCUGGAACAGCUCACAGAACUCACAGAGAGUAUGCUGUGUGUACGACUACAGAUUUAUUGUAGCCAAAAAGGAUACAAAUGAAGAGAUGCGUAGGCCGAGGUCUGGGAGGGUUCCCAGUGCAAGCUUCCAUGUUCCAAGGGAUACAGUACCCUCCUUAGAGCAGAUGUUCUCAUCAACCAGGAAGCUCUCUGAGCCUUCAUGUUCAGGGCUUUUAUUGGCCAGUCCUGCAUGAUAGGCUAAACCAUGCCUCCUGAGGAUAGUUGAUAUCGGCCUCCUAGGGGCAUCUUCUGGUCUGGCCAGCCCCCACUCACCAGCACAGAUUCUCAGGUGUAGCCUGGAAGUCCCAGAGCAAGGCACCCUUAUUACUACAAAGGUUAUUUUUCUGGAGCCAAGGACAAAGGUCACCUUAUUUAGCAUAAAACUAGGUACUUUAUUCCACACAUGUGAAAAGCUAAGUAUAGCUAGGAGUCAAAAGAGGAUGAUAAAUUGUUAUCAGUAGGUUGCUUAUUCUCUGAUACGUGGUUUCUGUUUUUUUUUUUUAUGUAAUUAGUACAGUCCAGUUUGGGAGACAAGAAAUAUAUACAAAUACAGAGAUCAUCUGAGAGGUGAAAAUGGAGUUAUUCAAAGAAAAAUGUGCUGCUUAAGUCGAUCCCAGUCUCUCCUCUACACGAAGAACUCUUAAGGAUAUUAGCAGGAAAGAAGCAAAUGAAACUGAAACUCAUCUGCGCUUCAGAAAAACAACAUGGCGUCUUGAGGAAUGAAGGUAGCAUGGUGUCGGCCAUGGGUGAUCAAGACACAGCCAGACAAUGUGGACCAAUUUCUUCAAACUACGGCUCUUCUGCUGCCUAUUUGCAGUGUUGGUGGUGGUGGCGCUAGUCAUCAAUGUUACUCAGGUAGAGCACUUGGACCAUGAGGCUGUCUCAGCCACAUUCAUCGACAACACUGGACAGUUUCUUUCCCCCCAGGUGACAGGAAUUAGCCGGAACCCCUACUGUGGCUAUGAGCACCAGACCCUGUCUAGCCGGGAGCGCACGGAGGAGGACUCCUUGCUGGCGGCCUUGCAAUGGCAGGUGCCUGGCCUGGGCCCAGUCCCGUUUGUUAAGAGCACUGACCCUUCUUCCAGCUACUUUGUCAUCUUGAACUCUGGAUCCUUCUUCAAGGUGGGCAGCCAGCUGGAGGUGCUGGUUCGUGUACAGGAUUUUCAAAGAAAGCCCAAGCAGUAUGGUGGUGACUACCUGCAGGCCAGAAUCCACUCUCCCAAGCUGCAGGCCGGGGCUGUGGGCAGAGUGGUAGACUACCAGAAUGGGUUUUACAAGAUCUUCUUUACUUUGCUCUGGCCAGGCCAAGUUACUGUGUCUGUAUCUCUGGUCCACCCCAGUGAAGGGAUCAGAGUUCUUCAGCAGCUGCAGGAAGAGAGACCAGACAGGGUCUAUUUCAAGAGUCUCUUCCGUUCAGGAAGAAUUUCGGAAACUACUGAGUGUAACGUCUGUCUUCCUGGGAGCCUGCCCUUGUGUAACUUCACAGAUCUCUACAGUGGGGAGCCCUGGUUCUGCUUCAGGCCAAAGCAGCUGCCUUGCAGCAGCAGAAUCAACCACUACAAAGGCGGCUACGUGAAGGGCCUCCUGACUGCCGCAGACAGCGCCUUCUUCCAGAGUGGUGUCAAUAUCAAAAUGCCGAUCAACUCGAGUGGACCUGAUUGGGUGACUGUGGUUCCCAGGAGAAUAAAAGACAGUGACAACCCAGAACUAUCUCAAGGCUCAGGAACUUUUCCUUCUGGGUACUAUUACCGAGACCAGUGGAGGCCCAGAAGGCUCAGGAUGCGCCGGUUUAAUGACCCCGACAACAUUACAGAAUGCUUACAAAGGAAAGUCGUGUAUUUAUUUGGUGACUCAACCAUCAGGCAGUGGUUUGAAUACCUUACUACCUUUGUUCCAGAUUUAGGAGAGUUUAACUUGGGUAGUCCCAAGAAUGUCGGUCCCUUUCUUGCGGUGGACAAGAAGCACAACAUCCUGCUGAAAUACCGCUGCCACGGUCCACCCAUUCGCUUCACGACUGUCUUCAGCAACGAGCUGCGCUAUGUGGCAAAUGAGCUGAAUGGCAUUGUGGGAGGGAAGAACACGGUGGUGGCCAUAGCCAUAUGGUCGCACUUCAGCACCUUCCCCUUGGAAGUGUACAUCCGGCGGCUCAGGAACAUUCGCCGAGCAGUCAUCCAGCUCCUGGAUCGAAGCCCUAAGACUGUAGUGGUCAUCCGAACGGCCAAUGCCCAAGAGCUGGGACCCGAGGCGAGCCUUUUCAGCAGCGACUGGUACAACUUUCAGCUGGACACCAUCCUUCGGAAAAUGUUCUCAGGGGUUGGAGUAUACCUUGUUGAUGCCUGGGAAAUGACUCUGGCCCACUAUCUACCCCACAAGCUGCAUCCAGAUGAGAUUAUUGUGAAGAAUCAGCUGGACAUGUUUUUGUCCUUUGUGUGCCCCUCGGAGACCUAGCCUGUCCUGGAAGGGACUGGAGAAUCGCAUCACUUGCAUUACAGGAAGUUUGUGAGUGGCCCCAUGGAGAGAUGGCUGCCGUCGACUUCAAGUAAUGACUUGCAAGGAGCUUAGAAACUGCAGGUUACAUUUAUAUAUACAUAUAUAUACCUGUAGGAUUCUUUUCCAGACUUGACUUAGCCAUGGGAGAACCGUUAUUAACAACAUCUAUACACUAUAUUGUCCUUGUAACCAAAGAUGCUUAUGAGUGUACUUGAACUAGCUUCUCUUGGGAGGGGAGAUGAAUGUCCCAAAAAGUGUUCUGCCCUAAAUGGAAGGGACAAGUUUGGUUGGCAAGGGAGUGUUUGUGGCUUCUCUAGUAAAGCAAAUUGAGCACAUGUGCAUAAAUAGCACAAGUGGGGUGUCUUCAGCGGGGUGAGCUAGAGAGGGCUCCCAGUCAGUGGCUUCUGUGGACACAGUGAAGACUGCCUUCCUCAUCUCAGGAGUUUUCCUUAAUCCCCUACCUUUUCUGAAUUGCUUGAAAAGGUCAGUGUGCUUGGUAAGAAUUUUAUAAUGAGGAUAUUUACCAUUUCCUGCUUUUUUCUAGAGUAGAAGCAAAAGAGAGAGAUAUGAAAUCAAGUAUAUAUAAAAUCUGUGUUUUGAAUUGAUAUUUGCAUUGGAUGAAUGUUUCUUGAUCCAGCUAAAUUUUGCAUAAUGAAUACUUACUCUAAGAAUAGCCACUUUUGGAACUGGAAGGGGGAAAUCUAUGAACUCAGAUUUAUUUUUGUGUUCUGAAAUGUUAGGGUUUUGAGAAUUGGCUUUUGUGUAAAGAAUGCUAUUGAUUAUCAUAAAGUUGUGGAAGCUGUUUCCACCAAUUUGAAGUGUUUCUUUGUUGUUAUUAUCUUGAACUGCAUACCAAAACUAGAAAUUAAGAUCUAGUUAGAAAUUAAAGUUAGAUAUUAAAAUCUAAGACAGCUGUUUCUUGAUUUGGACAUAAGGUACACAUUCUCAUGGUUAGAAAUGAAAAGCUGCUAUUCCUACUGGUUACCUAAAAAUAGUUGAAUUAUCAGUUUUAUUUUACUGUCUUUUUAAUUUUAAAUGAGUUAACUUGGGAUCAUUUAGUAAGUACUGUUCUUCCUGAGCCACAAUGGAUUACAGUCUAGUUUUAGUUGUCCGUAAAAGGACAUGAAGAAGCUGGAGAGGCUUUAGAGAUGAAGAUAGAUGCUUAAAGCAUAAAAGAUUUAUACCCUUAUGAGAAUGGCUCAAAGAAUUUGGGUGUUUAACUUAACAUAGAGUCUAAGGUCUUCCUUUCCUAACCUUGACCACCUUCAAGUCUAUGAAAUAUUUUAUGAGGAAAGAAGACUUUUAGUUACUUUCUGAGUCUAAAGAGGAUGAACCGGCUAACUAUAUCAAGAUAGCUUAAUUUUAAUGAUCUUUAAGUUUUAGAGUACCUUAGGCUUUCUAAAUAAAACAUAGAAUUAGGGUCCGUGCCUCUGGCCAUUCUGGACUCAACCCAUGCGAUGAGUGACCAGUGAAUUUGAUGUAAUGGUCCUCAUCCACACUUUGAGAAACCCUGACUAAGGGAAGAGGGAAGAUGAAAAUAGGAAAGUAACGUUGCUUGGCUGUUUUUUCAGGGGGUUUGCCAAUAAUGUACGUGAUUCUGAUCCUGACCUACUAGUGUGGGCAAUCAAACCAAAACCAGACCCAGUGCCGUCGAGUCGACUCCGACUCAUAGCGACCCUACAGGACAGAGUGGAACUGCCCCACAGAGUUUCCAAGGAGCGCCUGGCGGAUUCAAACUGCUGACCCUUUGGUUAGUUCCUGCAGCUCUUAACCACUACGCCACCAGGGUUUCCAGUGUAGGCGAGAGUAGCUCCAUAUUGUAGAUGAGAAACUUGAGUUUGGAUUUGAAUGAAGGUAUGUGAGAGUCUAGAGCCCUUUUAAACAACAACUUGCUGAAUUUUUGUAAAGAAAGGUUUUAUUUUUCAUGAAAGAACUUUUGACCAUUUUCACAAGGAUUGCUGAAGGAGACUAUGGUAUCUUCCUCCUGGGAGAGUUUGGAGAGAGGACGCUGCUACUUGGACAAAUGAUUUCUUGUGAUCUUGUCCAGUUUCUGGUAUUUUUUUAUUUGGUGACAUAAACUCCUAUAGUUUUGAUGACACAGUUUCUUGAAGUAUUUACAGUCAUUUCCUUCCCUCUUCUAGUUUCACUUUCUACACUUUGGUGUGGAAAAUUUUCAAAAAAUGCAUAAGCGUAGAGAUUGGAAUAUUACCUAAAUCAUUCUCAGAAUAACUAGAUAAUUAAAUUUCUUCUGAAAAGUUUAUUUUAGGCCAGUAUCACAUAGUUGUGAAUAUCAGCAUACCAACUUAAUAAUAUAGUUUGCCAUAAGUAUGUAUUUUCCUUAUAAACACAGAGGAUAUAAUUAAUGUAAAAUAUAGAAGAAGAAAAAUCAUAAUUCUGUCAUCUGAUUGUGACGAGCAUUAGCAUUUGACUAUAUUUCCUUCCACGUGUUUUUAAACCACACAGUUGUGGUCAUAACAAACCAAAACAAAGCCCUUGCUGUUGAGUCGAUUCCGACUCAUAGCAAGUUGUAAUCGUAGAGAAUAUAUAAUUUAUAUGUGAUUUGUAUUUAACAUAUAAAUAUUUUUGUUAGCUAGUCUUCAUAACUUAAUUGUAAAGGUCUGCCUAAUAGUUCAGCUAAUGGUAUUAUCAUUAUUUAUAUAAAUUUUACCAUUUGGCUGAACACUUAGGCUUAUAAUAAAAUAUUAAAAUAUUUAUUAUAAUAAAAUAUUAAAAUACACUGUCAUUGGCUUAAAAUAUGGAUUUUUAUCUUGAAAUGACAGGAUUAAUUUCAUUUGGUAGAUGUCCUCAUGUGCCAAAAUGCAAAUGAUUGAGCUAAUGUUACUUCUAAACCUGGGAAUCUGUAAGGCCCUUAAGGCCAUUCUGAGCAAAUUACGGAGUCCCUGGGUGGCAUAAAAGGCUAAGUGCUUGACUACUAACCAGAGGGUUGCUGGUUCCAACCCACCCAGAGGCGCCUUGGAAGAAAGACCGGGUGAUCUGCUUCCAAAAGGUCACAGCCUUGAAAACUCUAUGGAGCAAAUGCAAAUUAUAUGGUAUAGAAAUUACACUAUUAAAGUAACCUUUCCUUAGCAAAUACAAAAGAGACCCUCUGUGUACUAACACGAUCCAUAUUUACCAUUCCGAACAGCCAUCAUUUUAUUAAAUACCAAUUACCUGAUACUUCCCAGCUUCAGGUAGUAAGUUUCAGACUGAUAAAUGGGGGUGAGUAAAUAUGGGAAGCCUUUUUUUUUUUUUUUUUUUUUACAUAUUUGUGUGUUACAUGCUGAAAUUAAGUCUGUUCGUGAGGCCAGUUAAAUAGCAAUUGUUGAGAGGUAUAGGAAAAUAAACACUCAAAACAAAAGAGACAAGACCCCCUCCAAAAAAAAAAAGCUGCUCAACAUUAUCUUAGUGAGUUUUGGGUAAAUUCAACGUUUUCAAGUUGUUGUUAGCUGCCGUUGAGUCAUCUUUGACUCGUGGGGACCUUACGUAUAACAGAAUGAAACUUGCCACUGCUGUGCCAUCUUCAUGACCGUUUGGUAUGUUUGACUCCACUGUUGUGCAUAUUAUGUCAAUCCAUCCCGUUGAUGGUUUCCCUGGGUUUUUGCUGACCCUCUACCGACCAUGGUGUCCUUUUCUAUGAGAAAAGCCUUACGGAUGACAGCAGAACGUGUUGACCUUUACUAGUUGCCAAUGCCAGAAAUUCCUCUUGAAGAGCAUUUUCUUGUGUUAAGCGUUAUUCUCCCCAGCGCCUAGGGUUGUGUAUUCUCCCAGGCUUAGGUCUACAGCGCAGUCUCGGUGUGCUGCACCUGACACUUCAGUAUGCAACAAGUAAACAAGAUUUUGAAGUUGCUGUUUUUCUCUUUGAAAGUGAGACCACAGUCCCCGAGUGCCCAGACACCUGAACAUCUGGGGGGUUGAAGCGAAGAGGGUUGUUGAGGGCAGAAAUUGACAGGACACAGAGCGAGAGAAGGGCACAAGGUAAGGACCUCAGCUUCUCAGUCUAGCCUGCCUCUUAAAAGUGCCCUUA